UGUUAUGUUAAAAUAUAUUUUGGGAGUCAUAGUUAGGAUGUUCACCUUCAUACUGUGUACCUUGUAUACUGAUAACGCAGUGAAUAAAUAUAUCUGGUGAAAGAAAACGAAGUAUUUUUUCCAGCAGAAGAAUGAGUCACACAGGAUCAAAAGACAAUACAAUCAUUCACGAAGAUGAAGGAGUACCAUUGAAAAGACGAUUAGGAUUCGUUAGUGGCGUGGCAUUGAUAGUAGGAACUAUCAUAGGCUCUGGUAUUUUUGUGUCCCCAAAAGGAGUCCUGACGAACACAGGAUCUGUAGGAUUAUGUUUAAUCGUGUGGUGCAUCUGUGGAGCUGUAUCCCUUGCAGCUGCCUUAGUUUAUGCAGAGUUGGGAUUGUUGAUUCCGUUAUCGGGAAGUGAUUUUUCCUAUAUGCUGAAAGCAUUUGGAAGUUUUCCAGCUUUUAUGUAUACGUGGACACAAUUGUUCAUAUACCCGGGAGGUCAAGUAAUCAAAGGAUUAACAGUUGCGCAGUAUAUUGGUAAAGCAGUAUUUGACGACUGCGGACCAACUGAUGCCACUCUAAAGCUUAUCGCUGCUGUAGUUAUUUUAACAUCGGGAAUAACCAACUGCAUCAGCGUGAGAUUGGUUGCUAGUGUACAGAUUAUAUUUACAAUACUUAAAUUGAUUGGUUUAGCAACUAUAAUUGGCGGCGGAAUCCUAAUGUUAUCUAAAGGAACAGUUGGAAGCUUACCAACGGGCUUUGAAGACAGUAUAGAUAGCCCAACAAGUAUCGCAACUGCCAUUUAUAGUGGUCUCUGGGCAUUUGGCGGUUGGACUCAACUGAAUUUUGUAACAGAGGAGCUGAAGAAUCCUAAACGAAACUUGCCAUUAUGUAUUAUAACAUCCUUAUUUCUGGUACUUGUUGUAUACCUCAUGGUGAAUGUGUCCUACUUCACGGUUUUAACCAAGGAGGAAUUUGUAUCGUCAUGGGCUGUGGCAGCGACUUGGGCGGAGUAUGUUUUGCCUGGAGCAGUUGUUAUCAUUCCCAUCACUGUAGCCUGCUCUGUAUAUGGUUCAAUGAAUGGAGCAGGGUUGGUUGUCGGAAGAAUAGUUUUUGCAACAGCGCGUGAACAAUUGUUUCCAGAAUGUCUUAGUUACCUUAACAUCAACACAAAUAUCCCGGUACCAUCAACUAUACUUAUUAGUAUAAUAGCCUUUGCGCUGAUCAUACCCUCAGAUAUCAAGUCUCUGCUGAACAUGCUGGAGUUUCUAAGGUGGUUCUUUUAUGGUCUUAGUAUGAUAGUUCACAUUGUGCUCCGAUACAGGAUGAAAGAUGUAGAUAGACCAUUGAAAGUUCCUAUAGUGGUUUCAGUUGUGGUGCUUGUUUUUUCUAUAUAUUUAGUAGUAGCACCGUUUCUAGAACCUGUAAAGACUGAGUUUUGGUAUGCAGUUGGAUUUUUGGCCGUAGGAGUUAUUCUCUACGUUCCCUUUGCUUUCUUCAAAUUAAGUUUGCCAGGAAUGGAUUAUGUACACACAUUCGUUCAGAUGAUGACGCAAUCGGCACCACCCCAAGAAGUUGUAAUUUGAAAUCAGCACUUUAUAUACAGCUAGAAGACUAAUAUAUUUUAUAUUAUAUAUAUCAAAUUAUAUUUUAUUAUUUGUUUCAUGUAUAUUUCUUCAAUUUGUUUAUACUGGAGUGCAAUGUGACAUUAAAUGCACAUUAAAGACUCUAUUGCACAGUUUUAAUAAAAUUCUUUGAUCUUAUCUAGUCGAAAAUUUAAAUUGCCAAUUUACGAACAAUUCAGCCAUUUAGUGAAAAAUACUGAAAAAUCUUGAUAGAUUUUCAAUCUCUUCUUGCCAAACACAUCUUAAGACGUUUUGUUCGGAAGUACUA